AAGCCGCGAGGUAGAAAAGUUUUUGCUCGGGACUCGGGAUGUGUGCGCAAGCAGAGAAAAGUGAGAGUGAUGCCUGUCUCGCAGCCUUGCACGCUGCGGACAGACGAUCAUUGAAGCCAUUUGACAAUAAUGGCACCCGCUGACAGGCAGUCUCUCACCCCGUCACCGUCGUCCCCCUCGGCUAUUACCCGCCCCUCACCUGCGCGUGCUUCACCUCAGCUCUUUUCCUUGACGCACGCGAACUGAAGCUUCCAGACGCACCCGGUGCGCGCUUCUCAGCGCAGCUCCCCUGCCAAGCGUCGCAUUCUAGCGAGUGCCUCGUCGAGCGCAUGCAGCUCCAAAACCUUUCAAGGGUGCACUUCACACGUUAGGACGACUUCUCCACUCAGUUUGAUGGGGACUUCGAUACCAAGCAGGGAAAAUGCCUGUGAUGAAGGGAUUAUUAGCACCGCAGAACACCUUUCUGGACACUAUAGCAACGCGCUUUGAUGGCACUCACAGUAAUUUCAUUCUGGCCAACGCUCAGGUGUCCAAAGGCUUCCCCAUCGUCUACUGCUCAGAUGGCUUCUGUGAGCUCACAGGCUUCUCCAGGGCGGAAGUCAUGCAAAAGAGUUGCGCGUGUAAGUUCCUCUACGGCCCCGAGACCAGUGAAAAUAUCAUCAUCAGCAUCGACGACGCCUUGGAGGGGCGCAAGGAGUUCAAGGAUGAGAUCAUGUUUUACAGUAAGACAGGGGUGCUCUUCUGGUGUCUGUUGGACAUUGUGCCAAUUAAGAAUGAAAAGGGCGACGUGGUGCUCUUUCUGGCUUCGUUCAAGAACAUCACUGACGUUAAAGCCAAAAGCAUCCAAGAGGACAAGAAAGAAGAGCGACGGCGUGGCAGGAUCAGAACAAGCUCUCCGUUUAGCUCAGCUCGAAUGCGGAGCAACGCCGUGCUCUACCACGUCUCUGGGCACCUCCAUAGCAGAGAGAAGAGCAAAAUUAAGCUCAAUAAGAAUGUGUUUGGCGACCCUCCUCCAUUACCCGAGUACAAGGUAGCAGAUGCCAAAAAGUCCAAAUUCAUCCUGCUGCAUUAUAGCACAUGCAAGGCCGGCUGGGACUGGCUGAUCCUGCUCGCCACUUUCUACGUGGCCGUGACCGUGCCGUACAACGUCUGCUUCAUCGGCGACGACGACGACCUCACCCGCAGCACGACCGUCAGUGACAUCGCCGUGGAGAUUCUCUUCAUCUUGGAUAUUGUCUUCAAUUUCUGCACCACCUACGUCAGCAAGUCGGGCCAAGUGAUCUUUGACGCUCGGCAGAUUUGCUUUCACUACCUGACCACCUGGUUCAUCAUCGACCUGGUGGCCGCCUUGCCCUUUGACCUGCUCUAUGCCUUCAAAGUCAGCGUGGUGUCUGUGGUGCACUUGUUAAAAACGGUGCGCCUGCUGCGUUUGCUUCGCCUCCUCCAGAAAAUGGACCGCUACUCGCAGCACAGCACCGUGGUGCUGACCCUGCUCAUGUCCAUGUUCGCCCUGCUGGCCCAUUGGAUGGCCUGCAUCUGGUACAUCAUCGGGAAAAUGGAAAUGGAGGCCAACUCCUACAACUGGGAUAUCGGAUGGCUGCACGAGCUGGCAAAGCGUCUCGAGUCGCCGUACUACCCCCUCGGAAGCGCCAACACCAGCGGGCCCACCAUCCGCAGCGUUUACGUUGCCUCUCUCUACUUCACCCUCAGCAGCCUCACCAGCGUGGGCUUCGGCAACGUGUCGGCCAACACGGACGUGGAGAAAAUCUUUUCCAUUUGCGUCAUGCUCAUAGGAGCGCUGAUGCACGCAUUGGUCUUUGGCAACGUGACAGCCAUAAUCCAGAGGAUGUACUCCCGCUGGUCCCAGUAUCAUACCAGGACCAAAGACCUCAAGGACUUUAUUCGAGUGCAUCAUCUGCCGCAUGGCCUGAAGCAGCGAAUGCUGGAGUAUUUUCAGACAACCUGGUCAGUCAACAACGGCAUCGACUGUAAUGAGCUGCUGAAGGACUUCCCGGAUGAGCUCCGCUCCGACAUCACCAUGCACCUCAACAAAGAGAUCCUGGAAUUGUCACUGUUCGCCUCGGCCAGCCGGGGUUGCUUGCGCUCUCUGUCGCUGCACAUCAAGACCACCUUCUGUGCUCCCGGAGAGUAUCUCCUCCGGGAGGGCGACGCCCUGCAGGCCAUCUUCUUCGUGUGCUCCGGGAGCAUGGAGGUCCUGAAGGACGGCAUGGUGUUGGCAAUUCUCGGUAAGGGAGAUCUGAUUGGAGCCAACCUCUCCUUAGACGACAGAGUGAUCAAAACCAACGCGGAUGUGAAAGCGCUGACCUACUGCGACCUGCAGUGUAUUAACUUGAAGGGUCUGUACGAAGUGCUGGAUCUCUAUCCGGAGUACUCGAAUCAUUUUGUCCAGGACAUCCAGCAGGAUCUCACCUACAACCUGAGGGAGGGACAAGAGUCACACGUGAAGGCUCGACUCUCCACCGCAGCUCUUGAUCCUCAGCCAGGUGUGAAAAGGAAUGGGCGACUCGUUCGGGGUUGCGCGCUUCUCGCCGAGGCCCGGGGGGCACGUGACAGGGACAUGAGGGAAGAUGACGAUUGUCUGUCGUCGGAGCAGAGCAGAGCGAUGACCCUCACGGGCGCCGCUGGGUCGACUCCAAUGGGCCAAGCCAAUCGUGGAAGCGCAGGACGGAGCUCUGAAAAGUCUCACGCGAUGAGUCCGGGUAUCGCACCGGUGACUCUAAGCCCUUCCGACCUGAGCCCCAGAAUAGUGGACGGAACAGAGGACGCCGGCGGGACGGAAAGUUCGCUGCCCUUCCCUGGCUUCUCUUGCCACCGCGGUUGCCAUGACAACGACCCCACCAGUGCCUCAGCGUCCACCACAGAAAUGCCACACAUCAGCACGGCGGAAUUAGCGGCAAAAGCGGAGGACACCAGAGGACAACUCCGACACCUCAACCAACAGGUGCUAAACCUAGGCAGGGAAGUAGCGGACCUGGGCCAGGUGAUGAAGCGGAUGGCCCGGCUCAUGGAGACCCUGAUGUCAUCCGGGCCCCAAACAACACCGGCGUGCUCCUCGCGACGCAUUCACUUGCCCCACGCUGACCCUCCUCCGUGCUACCCUCGCCCUCCCUCUUCUUCUCACACUCCCUCUAUCCGGACGCUUACGCCCCGGGAGACGCCGCAGCUCGGGUACGCCCCCAGUCCCUUUCAAGCGCAACCCUCCUCCAUCAUGGCAGAGGCACGCGUGUCUUCCUCGCCCUUCAGCUCACCGGAGACCCACCGAUGCAAAGACGGCUUUUCUACGUCUAUCAGGUCAAGGGUACGCGCUGCACCUCCGCAGGACGGGAGUGGCGCAAACCCUCAGUGGAGCUCCGGGCGCUCGCCUCAGUGUGGACUCAUGCAGAUCUACCAGAACCAAACGAAGAGUUUGUAGCAGUUCUCUCCGCAAUUUUUUUUUUCUGGGAAUGAUCACAUCAUUGGAUGAUAAUAUUUUGCAGGGAGGCAAGGUCACGUUUUGCUUUGACAAAAUCCACUUGCAUGAAAACAAAUGAGUUGUUAGCAUUAGCUCGUAGCGAUUUAGCGGUUUAUUACGACAGGGUUGAAAGGUUGAUGGCAAACAAACCAGACCCCUCCCCGCACCCCUCUUCUACCACCCAACUAACCCCUGAGGCACCUUACAAUUUUGAAGCAAUAGACACACGGUCCACCUUUUCUAGCCGUGCGAUUUUAUUAUUGGACUCCACGAUUUUAUACCUUUUUCAGGGCCAAAAUGAAGCAGGUGUGCUCCCGCGCUGUCAAAACGAAGGCUAUGAAAGACAAUACCUCUGAGGAACCCUUUACAGGGGGGGGGGGGGUCUUGAGUGGAGGCGAGCAUUUUGUGACAGAAGCCAUCUUCAGCCAACCAACCCUCCUCCCCAAGUCUCACCGCUCUUUCCCAAGGACCCCCCCCCCCCCCUUGCCGCCACCCCGAUUGGUCCUAAUUAUCCACCGCGUUGGAGGAAUGAGGAACAAGAGGCCGGACAUAUUGUGCGCUUUUACCACUGGUCCUCGGGGAAGGGGGGAGUCGAGUCAGGUGCUGGCUACCGUUGGCCUUGAGCAACUCGAGCGGGGUGGGGGGGGCUGCUGUCAUCUGUCACACAAAGCAGGCUUUGCCUCUCCCUCUCUGGCUCUUUCCCAAGCUUUCCCCCACUUUGCCAACUCUGUCUCUGUCCUCCUCGCUUUCCUUUUCUCUCUGCAUGCACUUUUUUGCGUAGUACCCGUAGACGCACAUUCACAUAUGCCGCAUGUCCCGACGAGGGGAAACCAGCUCGCCGUUUUAUCCUUCUAUUGAAAUGAAACACCGCUUUAAUAACCAAACGUGACAUUUACCGUUGCCUCUUUAUUGGAUGUGGGUUGCUUUUUGAAAGCAGCCAGGUCAUUUCAAAGCCGAAAGUCGUCAGAUGCAUCCCUGUUUGUUGGAGCGGACCCAUAAUGAAUUAGUUGGGGGUCCACGUCGAAUUCCGAUUAAGGGUUUUGCGGCAACGACGUAGUUUUCUCACAGGGGGAGGAACAAAGGCAAUAUUCACGUAGAAAUGCACAAUAUUUCAGACUUUUAUAUUCAUAUGAAUGUAUCAAUACCAAAAUAAUGUAUUUUUUUACCUUGACGAAUGCAAGACUUUAGGAUAGCGCUUCUGUAUUAUACGAGGUAGUGCCGGUUUUGUCGGGCGGCACAAGCGGGAUCCCCAACAGGGAACCAAAAAAAAAAAUGAUCCCGACUCUCCUCCCAGGAGAUUUUCUGUUGCUUCGCAUUCAUGUCCAGUCGGUUUGUAUGACACUACCUUGCACAUGGAAUGUACUGGAAUCAAUCGUUUUAACCUCCCUUUUAGAUUUUGAUAUCCGCUACAAGAAUUGCUAUGCUAAUAAAUGACGAACGUGACUGUUAAGUCAGAA